AUGGGCAACCCAGGUGCAGUGGCACUCACUGCUAGCACUGGCAUUGCGGCGGCAAACAUAGGAGGACAAACUAUCCAUUCGUGGGUGGGCUUCUCUGAAGCCAAGCUUGGUAAGCCCGAUGUCGCAGGGGAGGUGAGAAGAUCUGCGCCGCAGGCUGUGGAACGCUGGACGUCCGCCAAAGUGCUGAUCAUUGAUGAAAGUGCGUAG